AUGUUCAAAACGCUUAGAAUCUUUCAAAAACGUCGUUUUUGUCUCACUCGUGUACAAUACACUGCAAAUUUUUCCCCGCAUGCUAGUUAUCCAAACUCGUCAAGGCUCAAUCGAUUAGCAAGCAAACUCGUCGCCUGUUUCCAAUCCGACCAGCGAAAGAGUUCAAAGGAGUGCCGAAACUUGUUACGCGAUUACUGGGCGCUCAUACCUACUCUGCCAAGGCACCACAGUAUGAUUCAUACGGCAUUGGCAGAAAUCUCUGAUGCAACCAUUGCUCAACUACUUGUGAAUUUCAAUAGGGACAAUCAAUUUUAUUGCACAUUUCUGGAACGGGAGCUUAUCUACAAUGCCAAGGACCUGACUCGGGUCAGCAACAUAGUGGAAUUGGUAUCUGGUGAAAGUUACCAGUUUACAGAUUCACAUGAGGUUCUGGAUUGGUGCGUGACGACUGCUCUGAAAAUGAAACGAAUAUCAAAAUCAUUAGACCUGUACAUACUAUACUACCGCAUAUUUCCAAACGAAUGCCCCAACCCUGCCUUAGCAAAUAAAAUCAUAUCCGCAUUAUCUUUUCGUAACCCUCCGUUUGAUGUACAUCACCUUAGAAGGUUUGUUGAUGUUGUGAACCUAUUACAAUUGCAUGACAUUCCCCUUCAGCUGAACCAUUUCCAGCUUCUCAUUCUAUGCGACAAAGCAUUGUCGAUGGAUGGUGGAGAGCCUCUACUAUCCAAAAAGGUUUUGAACAUACUUUUAGGAACCAACAUCCUCCCGCAGAGCACAUCAAUGAACAGUCAGAUACGAAUUGCAUACAAACUAAUUGAUAAAGAUUAUAAAAUCAAUAAUGCUGCUGGUGUUUACCUAACAUGGACAAAAAUCCAGGAUUUCUACACGUCCCUCAUGAAACAUGACUCAAGGAUCCUAUACAAAGUUUUCAAGCUCUUCACUCAGAAUAACAACUACAGAUCUGUGUGUAAAGAGCUCAUCUGGAAGCUAUCCCCUGAGGAAUAUUGCAACGACCCCUUAUUGUUACCAGUUAUAAUACACUAUACGACCGAAACAAACUCUAUCACAAUGGCUCAAGAAUUGCUGAAUAGUAUGAAACUACACACAACGGCAAAAAGCCAAGAAAUAAUAUGGUCUAGCAAAAGGUUUCUAUCUGCACUUCUACGUUUGCAUCUUAAAUUUUAUGAUUCAUCGAGCGUGGAUAAAGUAAUAAAACGUAUAACUGAGCUCUACGGGUCACUGUCUGCAGUGGACUACAAUUCAAUCGUUUGUCAUUUACUCCAAUCGGAAAAAAUGGAAAGUGUAAAAAGAGCUAUAAAACUCCUAGAUACUGUUCCGAAGAAAGACUCCUUUAGGGCGUACACCAGUAUAAUUAACAAGUUGGUAGAGUGGGACAUAGCUUCCAAGAACGUUAUGAAGUCGGACAUGAGUAUUUUUCUGGACGAAAUAUUACACAAAUUGCAUGGUAUGGAUCCUCAUCACGUAGAUUCUCUGUGGGCCGUCGUUGCUUCGCUCUAUAUUAAAAAAAUAUGUUCUGUCAAGAAACCAAUCGCAGGUUCACCCGACGAGGACAAUUUGGGCUUGAAUUUGGCAAAAUUCCUGUUCCUGAAAUCGGAUAAGCCUGACUUCUAUUGGGACUCUAUAACAGUAAACCCGUUCUUGGCUGCUGAUCCUACAGCUAUUAAGUUGAAGGUAACGAAAGGUAAUCGGUUUGUCAUUUUGAGGAAUAUUGCCCUGACUGGACUGAAAAACAAUAGACGUGGUACUUUUCUAUGGUCCUGUUCCAUGCUAUAUAGAUACGGGAUGCCUGUCGAUGAGCUAGUACUGUUGUGGAAUCGGACUCUGAAACACCAGUUUAGGAACUCUCAAUUCAAAACAAGGAAAGAAAUAACGGAUACUUUACAGGAGCAUGGAGUUGAAUCGAUUGCGAAGAUGCUUCUGUGA